AUGAAAUCACUCACAGUCUUUCAUCUUCACAAACUGGAUGCUGUCACUCAUGACUGUAUCUUCACUCUUCUCAGCCCUGUCACUGCACCUGAUCUUCAGGCCAGCAGCUCACCUCAUUCCUCUCCCAGGCCAGUUCCUGGCUUCAAGCAGUGCAGUCUCUCUCUUUGCUUGUCUUCUGCAGCCCCGCGGGCCUAUGAUCACCUCUUCCCUGCCUGCACAAUCUCUGACCAGGCAUAUGUGAAUAUGCCUAGGUUUCCUAUCAAUGGUCCUCGCGCCGCAGCGCAUUUCUGCAAUCCCAUUGCCAAUGGAAGAUGGGUCUCUGGGUACCCGCAAAAUCCGGGUAAUCAAGGCAAUGCAAAUGUCAUGAAUUUGUGA